AAUGGAAGAAACAAGAGAUACUAUAUAAAAAGUUGAAAUUCUUAAUUAAGAAAUUGAGAGGUUAAAAACAUCAAAGGAUGUUGGACCUAAAGCACAAUUUAAUGAAUAAGUAAUAUAAGGGAAACUUGAUUAAGCAUUACAGGUUAAAAUCUGAGUAUAGUAGAUGAUUAGAGAUAUAGAAGAGAAUUUAUAAAUUAUGGAAACAGAUGAUUGUGAAAAUGAUCUUGAAUAUAAAAUUAAAUAAAAUGCAAAAAUGUGUUUGGGCAUAUCCUUAAAAGAAGUCACUCCAUAAUUAAGAAAUUAUUAAAAUUAAAUGAUGAUGUAAGUUCAAUUAGAAAGACCAUCACAAAAUUUAAAAGUUGAUUUUGAAUAGGAAUAUUUUGAAACUUUAAUUUUGGAUAGAAAUGAUAGAAUUAAAUAAUUAGGAGAAAAAUUGAAAAAAAUGAAUGAGUUAUUUAAAGAAAUGAAUAGAUUAGUUAUAGAAUAAGGUACAUUAUUGGAUAGAAUUGAUUUCAAUAUAGAUCAAACCUUCACAAGAAUUAAAAAAGGAAAAGAAUAAUUAGUUUAAGCAAAUACAAAAUAAGAAACUAGUGACAGAGCAUAAAAAUGUAUUUGUGUUUUAGUAGGAUUAAAUAUUUUUAUAGCUUUUCUUUUUGUAAUUAAACAUACGUUAUUAUGA